AUGUGUUUAUUCCUUCCUUCUACACUUGUACUAAUUGGAUUAAUCGAGGUCGAGGAAAAACUCAUCAAAUCUGAUCGAAUGCCGUCGAUAUUUCAAGCAAUAUGCAAGAAAAUAAUAGUAGUAUUAAUGCUGGCGAGAUCUAAAAAUGAACGUCUUCUCUUACUUGAUGACACAUGUCUGUGGUGGAAAGUAAAACGUGUCGAUUCGGAUGAUACAGGAUACAUUCCAUCAAAUUUUGCACGACGUGAAAAACGUUCUUUAUUGGAUAAAAUAAUAUCGAAGCGUCUUGGUAAAAAGCAAGUCUUAAAUAACGUUUGUUCGAACGAUCGGUUCAUUUCCUCCGCGCUUGUGAAAUUUCGUUAUGAUGCUGAAAGUGAAGAUGAAAUCAGCCUGAAUGUUGGCUUAUGGGUGAAUGUUUUACAGAAGAAAGCGGACGGAUGGUGGUUGGUACAAUACGAAAAACAACGUGGAUGGUAUCCAUCGAAUUAUCUCAUUGAAAAAACCACGGACAGUUUAAACUCUCUCAGUUUGUUAAAUCAAAUCAAUAAUCAAUUUAAUUGCCCAUCGUCUUCCUCCUCCAACGGUCUUUCGUCGUCGAGUAGCGCAAAUUCGAAUGUAAUUGAAAAUCACCAGCAAAUACAGCACAAUUCCCACCCAUUACAUAUUCCGAAAUCGAAUGAUGAUUAUGCAUUUGUUAUUAAACCAUCGAAAUUUGCGCAUUCAGAUGGAAGACUUGAUACAUGUAGUAAUUUGAACGAUGAACAAAAAUUGAAUUGCCCUUCGACCUUAUUACAGCAUCGAAUUUAUCCGUCGUCGCCGAUUAUCAAUGAAACANGGGCCUUCAGAAGAAAAAAAGGGUGA